AUGCUGCGGGCCCACUGGGACAAUGACCGCGUGGACCUCCUGGACCAGUUUUACUGGCCGCCCCUCGGCCUGUCCUCGGCCCAGGGAGGCCCUUCGAGGCCAGGCUUGGCCCUCCCCACCCCGCGCCCGCUCCAGCCUCCUGGGCGUCCACGGGGAUUUUCUGGGGGAACUGCGGCCCGGAUCAGCACAGCUGCCGCCGUCCCAGCGCGUGCGCCGCCGUCUUCCCCCCCUGUCUUGUGCGCGCUGGGCAAAGGACAGUCAAGGGCCAGACCCCAACAAAGCUGGUCCUGCUUCACGCGGAACUGCGGGGCACUCCGAGGGUCCCCUGGGGCCGUCACUCGGCACGGUCACCGGACCGGAGCUCUCAAUCCGGACGGGCCGGAGCCCCCGAGGCGGGCCUCCAGGACCUGCCGCUGUGGCGCGGGGCAGUCCCCGCCGCGCUCUCCCCCAGGGUCGGGCCGGGACCUCGCGGUCCCCCAGGCAGGACCUGGAGAGGAGGCGGACAGACAGCGAGACCAAUCAGAGCCAGACUUCCACGGGCGUCCUGCUCAACUAGGCGUGUCCGACUCUGUGCAACCCCACGGACUGCAACGUCCCAGUCAGUCAGGCGCGGCCCGGGAGGUGAGCCCGGGGCGGGACUUCCUGUCGGGGCGGCGGGACUUCCGGGGCAGCGGGACUUCCUGUCGGGCGCCGCUGCGGCGCCUCAGAUGGCCGCGCUCCGCGCAGCGCUCGCGGCCUCUCCGCGAGGCGCGCGAGGCCGAGGCCGCGCUCUUCUUCAGCGGCAACGCGCUGCUGCCGGGCGCCGAGCCCGCCGCUCACUGCUACUGCGGCCACCAGUUCGGCCAGUUCGCGGGGCAGCUGGGCGACGGCGCCGCCAUGUACCUGGGCGAGGUGUGCACCGAGGCCGGCGAGCGCUGGGAGCUGCAGCUCAAGGGCGCGGGGCCCACGCCCUUCUCCAGGCAGGCCGACGGCCGCAAGGUGCUGCGCUCCAGUGUCCGCGAGUUCCUGUGCAGCGAGGCCAUGUUCCGCCUGGGCAUCCCCACCACGCGGGCCGGCGCCUGCGUCACGUCCCAGUCCACCGUCGUGCGUGACGUCUUCUACGACGGGAACCCCCGGCCCGAGCCGUGCGCCGUGGUGCUGCGCCUGGCCCCCACAUUCCUCAGGUUCGGAUCGUUCGAGAUCUUCAAGCCCAGAGACGAGCACACGGGCCGCGCAGGCCCCAGUGUGGGGAGGGACGACAUCCGGCUGCAGAUGCUCGACUAUGUCAUCAGCACCUUCUACCCCGAGAUCCAGGCGGCUCACCCUGGGGACCCCGUGCAGAGGCACGCCGCCUUCUUCCGGGAGGUGACUCGGCGCACGGCCCGGCUGGUGGCUGAGUGGCAGUGCGUGGGCUUCUGCCACGGCGUGCUCAACACGGACAACAUGAGCAUCGUGGGGCUCACCAUCGACUACGGGCCCUUUGGCUUCCUGGACAGGUACGACCCUGAUCACGUGUGCAACGCCUCCGACACUGCCGGGCGCUACGCGUACAGCAAGCAGCCUGAGGUGUGCAAGUGGAACCUGCAGAAGCUGGCCGAGGCCCUGGACCCUGCGCUGCCCCUCGAGCUGGCCGAGGCCAUCCUGGCGGAGGAGUUCGAUGCCGAGUUCGGCCGGCACUACCUGCAGAAGAUGCGCCGGAAGCUGGGCCUCAUGCAGACUGAGCAGGAGGGGGAUGGCGCCCUGGUGGCCCAGCUCCUGGAGACCAUGCACCUGACCGGGGCUGACUUCACAAACUCCUUCUACUUGCUGAGCUCCUUCCCAGCCGCGCCUGAGUCCCCAGACCUGGAUGAGUUCCUGGCCACGCUGACUGCACAGUGUGCCUCCCUGGAGGAGCUGAGGCUCGCCUUCCGACCCCAGAUGGAUCCCCGGCAGCUGUCCAUGAUGCUCAUGCUGGCGCAGUCAAACCCGCAGCUCCUGGCGCUCAUCGGCACGCGGGCGAGCCUGGCUCGGGAGCUGGAGCGCGUGGAGCAGCAGUCUCGGCUGGAGCAGCUGAGCGAGGCGGAGCUGCGCAGCAGGAACAGGAGCACCUGGGCCGCGUGGCUCGGCGACUACAGGGCCCGGCUGGAGAAGGACCGGGAGGCCAGUGGCGACGCGGCCGCCUGGCAGGCUGAGCGGGUGCGCAUUAUGCGCGCCAACAACCCCAAGUACGUGCUGAGGAACUACAUCGCGCAGGGCGCCAUCGAAGCUGCAGAGAGUGGCGACUUCUCGGAGGUGCGGCGGGUGCUGAAGCUGCUGGAGACACCUUACGGUGGGGAGGUGGAGGCCGCCGAGCCCGAGGAGGCCUGCGAGGCCGCCGAGACCCGCGGGGCAACCGACCGGCGGCGCUCCUAUAGCAGCAAGCCCCCGCUCUGGGCGGCGGAGCUGUGCGUGACGUGAUCCUCGUAACCGCCCUGGGGGCUCCGCGCAGGAGACCCCAGGGCCGAACCCCUGAGUCCACGAGGCGGGCCCCCCCGUCUCUCCGUGACGGUGGAGACGUCCAGUCAGGACCUGACCCGUCUCUGCCCGACACUGACUCGCCACCCUUGCCCCAGGCUCUGCUCCCCACGACAGAUGCCCCACGCUGGCACCACACAGGCCCGAGGACCGGCUGCUCAGCCUCCGCCCACCUGGCCACCUGGCGGGGGUGGGGCGGGCGGGAUGAGGCCCCCCAAUAAACCGGCAGCCUCCUCA